AUGACUUCGUUCUGCCCAGCCACGCAUCCUGCUGAGUCUUUCACAGAAGACUACCGUCUCCAGAUCCCACUCCACCAAAACCCCUACCUCGCCGUCCUCGAAAAGACAUCUCCUGAACAAUUCAUGCGUUGUCUCCACCUCCUUCGCACGUCCCUCCCCACCAACCUCGAUGCGGUGCGUGACAUCAUGCCAAAGCCCAACGGAUUCGUGCAUACGGUGCUUGAGGCAUACAAUAACCAUCGUGCGCUCAUCCUCCGCCCGGACGACGUCUGGACCGCGAUCCUCAUACAGUUCAGCUUCUUCGUGAGCGCAAAUGCCGAGCAACUUAGUGCGCACUUUCCAGCCCACGGUCGGGAGGAACUCAUCAUCAUUGGUGAUGGAAAUCGUCACACGGCAGAUUAUGCAUUCUUGGCGCGCCAGAUGUUGGACCUUAUGCACACGCGUGUAGUGGAUCCGAUGCUGAGGGAUUGGAUCAUGCCUGAAUUUUCAACGACGACGGAUGUAGACCGGACAGUGUACGCGAUGUCCAUGAUGGCGACGAUGAAAGAGUAUUUUCGCUACAAGUUUGUACUACGUUGUGGGAUACCGGUUGUGACCCUCCUGGGGGAGAGACAUGACUGGGAGGCAAUCCUUGAACGACUUGAACGACUAAAACUAUACAGCAUAGAAACAAUAGCGUGGUAUCACCUCCUGCACCCCAUCAUCUCUCGAUUCGUAGCCGCCUUCGACGCGCCAUCCAGCCCCGAAAACCUCGAUUUCUGGUCCAAAGUCGCGCACUACGAGGGAGGCGGGAGCGGGCCGACCUACCUCUCAGGCUGGAUCACCGCAUUUUGCGUAUUCAAUGAGCAAGGCAUGUGGCAGGGUCCCCCGCUAAAUGCUGAGCGCAUGCGGGAAGACGCGCCAAAGAAACUGCUUCGUCCUGUAGAUCCACGGGUGCUGAGUGCAGCCCAGUUUGCUGCGGUGUACACUUUCCGUGGAGCGUGGCGUCCUUUCUUGGUGCUCGAGGGGAUGCCGUAUCCAAUCAUCGAUGACGAAUGUGUACCGUGCGGGUACGCUCAUCUCGAUGUGAAACUGGAUGAUCAUGGACACUUGUUCGAUACGGUGAUUGUUGCUGGUGCAGUUGGCACACAGAUCUGUUCGAAUGAUAAAUCGGAGCUGUUUAAGAACGGGAUGCGGGACAGCGUAAGGCCAGUGGUAGGGUAUUGGUACUUUAUCACCGGGGCAGGGUGA